AUGAGUGGUAAUAGUAUAACUGACGCUUUUAAGAAAUUACGAGUUACUAAUGAUGUUACAGUAGGUGAUCAUGAAAAUAUAUUCAAUGUUUCAUAUCAAUAUUUAUCAAAAGUUAAACAUUUUCAAGAUUUAAAAGCAUUUAAAAAUGUUUUGGUGGCAUCAAUAAACUUAGAUAAAUAUCAUAAAGCAAAUGAAAUAUUAAAAAAAUUACCAAAAGAAUAUGAAUCUUCAUUAAUAUUGGAAAUUGGUUAUAUUUAUUAUAAAUUAGGUAACGAUAAAUCAUUAAUUGAAUUAUAUAAAAAACAUGAAUCACAAUUGGACGAAGUUGCAAAGAUAGGUUUAAAUCACAUUUUAGCUCAGACAUAUUAUAAAAUUGGAUCUUACAAAGAGUCUCUUAAUUUAUAUCAACAAUUGAUUCAAAAUAAUAAUUUUGAUAAUGCAUUAGAUUUAAUAAUUAAUGAAAAAGCAGUAAUAUCAGCCCUCAACUUCCAACAAGGUAAUAAAAUUCAGUCUGAUUAUGAUUCAGCUACCGAUUCUUAUGAUUUAUUAUUUAACCAAGCAUUAAUUGAAUUAUCGAAUUUUAACAUUUCAAAAUCUUUAAAUUUAUUAAAUAGAGCAGUUGAAUUAUGUGAAUCUAUAAAUUUAAAUGAAUCAGAUUUGGAAAAUGAAUUAUUACCUAUUAAAUUAACAAUUUCAUAUAUAUUCCAAAUCAAUCAACAAUUUGAAAAACUGUAUAAUAUAUUAAAAGAUAUUGAUGUUUCUAAAAUUAAUGAUCUUAUGAUUAGGUUAAUAAUUAAAAACAAUAAAUAUUCACAACAAGAGUUGAAAAACUCCAAUUUUAUAGAUCGUGAUUUAAAUUAUUUGGAAAAUUUACAUAAAUUGAAUCAAAAAUUGACUAAUGUACAAUAUGAAAUCAUAUUAAAAAAUUCAAUAUUAUUAAGAUUCCAAACUGGUACAUUGAGUAAAUCACAAUUGAAUCUGAAAUUCAUAAAGGAAUAUAAUGAUAAAUUUCCAGGUGAUGCAUUAUUACAAGCUUAUAGAUUAUUAAUCAAUUUGGGUAUAGAUUAUAAAGAUUUAACGGAGAAUCCAAAAUCAACUGGUCGGAAAUUAAUCAAGUAUAUAAACAGUACAGAGGAGAAAGAGAUUCCAUUAUUGUUAUUAAUUCAUUUAAAUUCAAAAUUGAAUAAUUAUGAUCAAGGUUUACCUAUUUUAGAAAACUUAGUUCAAAUUAAUCUAAACUCAAAAUCAAUAAAUCCAAGUUUAAUAGGUUCAUUAAUCACCAUAUAUGAAUCAAAACAUCUCACUACAAAAUUAGUCAAUUUAUUCAAAACUCUCAUUGAGAAAUUUUUAUACACUUCAGAAUCUAGUUUUAGUAUUGAUAAUUAUAACACAGCAAAAAUAAUAGCAUUCAAAUCUAUAAAUUAUAAAGAAUUGAAAGAAUCAUCACGUCAAUUAUUUGAAUUUUUAUAUCAAAUUAAUCCCAAUGAUAAUUUAAUUGAACUGAUUCUUGAAAGUAAAAAUGAUGGAUUAUUACCAAUCGAAGAUUUAAUCUCACUGAAACCAAUUGAUGAAAUUUUAAAUAUAGAUAUGAAUGAAUUAUUACCUAAUAACAAAUUAGUUAAACCAAUAGUUAAAAAAUUGAAUAAAGUGGUUAAAAAACAUAAAAAGGCUAAAUUUGGCAAAAAUAAAGUUGUUAAACCUAUUGACGAAGUUGAAUUGGAUGAUGAGAGAUGGAUUCCACUUAAAUUAAGAAGUUAUUAUAAACCUACAAAGAAGGAUAAGAAGAAGGUGAAUAAUACUCAAGGUGAAUCAACAAAUACAAAUAUAAAUACAAAUACUACACAAUCAUCUGCUAAUAAAAAGAAGAAAAAGAAGGGUAAGAAAUAG